CGCCCCUCGCGCCGAGAGCAGGCGCGGGCGAAAAGGCGGGAAAAAUCGUUAUUACCAAAAAUUCGCCAAAAUUCACCUAAAAAAGGGCCGGAGUUGCCAAUAACACGAGCGAAACACCGCUGAAGGGGCACGCUGUUGUCGUCCGUGAUAAUUUCCUCCCUCCAGCGCGUCUGUGGCCACACUGGCAGCUCCCAAAUCGAAACUUGCUGUGUUGGUUUUUAAUAUUUGCCAACAUUUCUGCUCCCGGCUGAGGCUCCCGAACACAGCUGUGCUGCCUAUACACACCCGCCUCUGCUCCUACGACCAGAACGCCUUUUAACCCCAAUAGGGAGGUUGGUGAUCCCGCACCCCCAUCCCCUGCUGCUCCCUCAGAGCUCGCUGUGGGCGCUCGGCCGGGGCUGUUUGUGGAGAGGGGGUUUCCCUGAGGUAAAAAGCGGCUGAUAAAGUGUUUUAUGCUCCGCUGGUGGGAGCGCAGCAAUGACCCCGAGCGCGGGCAGCGGCCGCGCCCCGCUCCCCCGGCAGCGGCACAGGCGGAGCCGCCGCCGCUCCGGCCGCGCCCCGGGCAGCGAUUCCCCGGCCCUGGCCGCGCUGGGGGACUUCCAAACGCUUCCCUUGGAGAUCUUCCAGAUGGUGUUGAACUACCUCUCAGUGAAGGACAUCAGCAUGCUGAGCAUGGUGUCCAAAACCAUCAGCGGCCGCCUGAUUAAUUACAUCUCCACCUCGUCAGGGAGCCGGCGGCUGCUGCUGCAGGACUUCCACCAGGAGCUCCCUGCCAGGAGAGGAGGAGCCUCCAUCCUGGAGCACUACCGAGCUCUAGGGCUGCUGCUCAAGAGGUGCACGCUGCUGCUGCCCACCAGGGACAGGCUCAAGUACGUGCACAAGGUGCUCUCAGGGGUUUCCUGUUUCAAGCUGAAUGGUUGUGCCAGUCCCCUGCACUGCCUGGGGCUGCAGUGCUACGGGGUCUUCUUACAGAUCCUGACCGCGGGCUGGGAUGAGCUCGAGUGCCACCGGGUGUUCAACUUCCUCUGGGAGCUCAGCAAUUUAGCCCGGAAGGUGCAGACGGUGGUCAGCAGCAAACCAGGCAGCGCCCGGCGGCUGGAGCUGCGGAUCCGCCUGUUCUGCCGGGGGGUGCUGCUGUCGCCCGGGAGCCGCCGCAGCGACUGCGCCUUCUGGCUCACUCGCAUCCUCAAGCCCUGGCCCAUGGUCAACCAGGCCCGCCUGCUCUACAUCAUCUUCGGGCCCGUGUCCUCCCGCGAUGGACACGUGGUCUGGCAGAAAAUGAUAGAAGGACCAACAGACGAGACCAGUCUGAAGGGUUUAGCUGAUGCAAUUAAGCUGCUGUAUGGUACAGAAGCUAGAGAAUGGACAGCAGAUGAUGUUAUCAGUCUUGUGGAUGAGCUGUCAGUCGUUCCCCAGGAGUGGCUGAUGGAGAACAACGCUCGGCUGCUGCUCCUGAGUGGGAACAGCAUCUGCUUCACCUUCAUGGCCAGCAAAGCUGUGAAUGGCAGGGCUGUGGAGCUGGCCAGGCUCAUGGUCUUCAUGGUUCUGGUGUGUGAGAAGGACUUGUACUGCAUGGACUGGGCAGUGAGGAUGAUGCAGAAGGUCUGCAAGGUUUUCAGCUCUCCCUGGGAGAGGAACAACUUCCUGCAGUGCCUGGAGAACUCCUUUGCUCGCAUGCUCAUGGACAUGCUGCAGGCAGUGCUGGCUGGGGACAGGGAUGAGGAGGACAGCAGCUUCCUGAACCUGUUCCACCUGAUGAAUGCACAGGCCAGCUUCCACAAGGAAAUCCUCUCCGUGGCCAUGGGCAGCAGCAGCAGCAGCAGCACCUGAGCUCCACGGAGCCCUCCUCUGUCCCUGCCUGAUUCCUCUUGCUUUUCCUUUGAACUUGUGCAGAGAAGUCUCGGAUUAUUCCUGACAUUCCCAUCCCAGUAGGAGCUGGGGUGGCAGAGGUUGGGCCCAUCCGUGCCAGGCCAGCUGAGUGAGCUCAUGGAGGGCUUGGGGAGUGGAAUUCCAUUCCCUGUGCUCUUCUCCUCCAGGGAAGAGGGCUGGGAACACAAUCUGCAUUCUUUUCCCACUGUGCAUGUUUGCACACACAAUAAAAAUGACAUGGUUUCCACAGCUGAUGUGCAGACACCAGCUGAAGCUCAUGUUGUCUUAGCUCAGAACCCAAAACAUUCUGAGCUCUUAAAUUUCUUUUCUCUUGGGAAUCUGAGGAGAAAGGGAGGGAUGGGAUUUGAGGAGCUGUAUUUUUCCAGCUUGCCAAGGUCUCUGACUCAGGCUCUGUGGCAGAAAUGCUCCGUAGUUUGUACAUUCAGCUUUGGGGAAAGGUGAUUUCUGAAAGCAAUUCCAGUGCUUUGAUCAACCAAGGCAUUUCCUCCUCUCAAUCUCCAGGUUUUAUAAAGCAAAAGAAACUUCAAAUCUCUCCCCCUGCCCCAGGUAGCAACUGUUGAAGUGUUUUAGGAUUUAGCCAAGUUGAAGACACCCAUUAAACACAUUAAAUUAGAACACUGGUUCAUUAAUGGAUAAAUGUUUGCUGCUCAGAGAAGGGUUUGAUUUUCUGCUCUGUUGCCUUCCAGACAAACCCCUGUGCUGGCAAUAAAAGGCUCUCACGCUCUCUGUGCUGUUUGCAGCCUCCAGGUUCCUGAAGAGCCGCCUUCCCCACCCGAAUAUUCCCUUCCCAAGCCUCCCAGGCUUCCCUCAGCACUUCCCACAUUUAGCUCGGGAAUUGCGGGACCAGCUGCAGCGGGGCCGAUUUAUCCCAGCUGCCCCCACCUGCCCCCAUCAGCCGCAGCCUGGGAGCAGCUCGGGAACUGCUCCGAAGUUGGUGCGCUCAAAAUCCCGGCGGCGUUUGUGGAAUCCACAAUUCCAGGCAGGAUCUGGCUCCGGGACAUCCCUCGGCGCUGGUGCCGGUAGGUGGCAGAGGUGAAACCUUCCCUGAGCGCUGCGAACAUCCCUUUUUUUUUUUUUUUUUUUUUCCUUUUCCCCUGGCUGCUCGAAGGUGACGUUUUAAGGGCGCUGCAACGCCGGCGUUGCGCUGUGCGUGAUUUCUGAAGCGAGAGAAAUUCCAGGCUCUGCUUUCCACCCGGGGAACCGAACGUGUCCGGACUCAUUCCCAGUGAAGCCGAAAUUUGAGGAUAAAACAGCCUCGAUGUGAGGCCAGCGACGGGAAAACGCCGCCAGGAAUGUCCAGCCCAGAUCCUUGUCUCUCCCUCCAUCCUCAAGAGCCGCUCCCGGUCAAUAAUCCCGGAUGGGAGCAGGAGGAGCAGAGCCCGGCCCUUUGUGUGUCCCCGUCCCGCCGUGUCCCGGGUCAUUCCCGGCCAGAAGCAGCCAGAAAUUCCAGCCCGGCACAAGGGGGGCCUUUAUGAGAGCUCAGCCAGGGGAAGAGGGAGCUCUUUGAUUCCCUGGAGCAGCCGGCGGGGCUGGAAUGUCAGCCCGGCUGCUGCUCCUGCUGAAUUAUUGAUGGCUUUAUUAAUUGUCAUUAACUGCUCUGGCUCUGGCACUCCCAGCGCCUCAGGGAGGCCUUGGGCUGCCUCGGAAGGGACAUUAAAGCCCAUCCAGUGCCACCCCUGCCACCUCCCACUGUCCCAGGGUGCUCCAAGGCCCGUCCACACUGGCCUGGGGCACUUCAGGGAUGGGACAUCCCUGGUGGCAGUUUUUUUUUUGCCACAUUUCCAACAAACAGGACUUUCCUUCCCAAAGGAGUGAAGCCCAGCCCCGCUCCCCUGCCCAGUUUGGGGUGAACUGGGAAAUGCUCCCAGCCCUGCUCCCUCCUUUUCCAGCUCCCCCUGGAUCAGCUCAGACACUGACAAGAUCUGAGGCGAGCUGGGAUGGGGGUACUUGAGAAAAGGGUGAUUUUCCUCUUGCUGCCAAAUUUUUAUCUGCUGCAGAGGAGAGUGGGUAAAAGGCAGGGCCAGGAGCAAAUCCCCCCGUGCCAGGGGCUGGGCUGGAUCCCGGCUGCAGCCUGAGCUGUGCACGGGCACUGUCCCUGCCCCCUUUGGCUGCCUGCAAACCCCUCUCCUGCCCUGGUCGCCUUUUCCCACCCCUCCCCAGCUUCCAGCAGGGAGCUGGCGGGUUUGGGGCCUGCAGGAAGGGAUUUCUCUGCAGAGCUGGCAGCUCUGCGAGGCCUGGGAGCCAGAGGAAAGGAUCGUUCCUGCUUUCACACUCAGCUGAGUUUCCAUUCCACGCAUUCCUCCUCACUCGCUCUGCCCUCAUCCCUGCAGAUGUCGGCUCCCGAAGGACGGGAGGUUAUUGAGAAGCCACUUGUGCCUGCAGAAAUUCCUCCCGGAAUAUUUCAGGCUCCCGAUUCCCGGCUAUAUUUGGUGCUGGAGAGAGGGAGCAGCGCUUCCUCACCUCGGGGGCUCAGCGGGAGGGAUCACCCUGGGCGGCUCCAGGAAAUCCCCAGCCCGGAGUUUCUCUCGGGACUUUGACUGACAGGAAAUGGCAGUGUCGAGCAUUCAGCUGGCAGCGCUGACCACAUCCAGCAUUCCCAGGCUCUGAAAUCUCUCUUUUUUCCCCUCUCUCCUGAAAGUCACAGCAGCCCAUUCCAGCAUUUCCUGGCCCCCUGCUCUCCCUGGAUCCCCUUCUCUCACACGCUUGUGUGGUGCUUCCAGGGAUAGCUGAAGGGGCACAAAGUUUUCCCCAUUAUGGAUAUUUCAGGUGUUUAUUGCUUAAAAAAAAAUAAAACCCUGGGAGACACCAGGAAUGUGAAAAUGUUGCCUUC